UCACCUGAUUUCAAACGCCAUUACUAAUAAGCUUUAUUUAAGACCCCAAACAACCCCCACUGGUAAAAGAAGCUUCAAUCUUUUUUUAUCAAUGGCGGCUUACACUACCUGCGACAGAACAUCCAUUGAUGGAAGUCGGUCACCAUUGUUUCAAAAUAUAGAUUCGGAUUUCUCUUCUGGGUAUCUCGAAGAUGCUUUACUUGAAUUCACUGAAAUGUCAAAACGGAGACGAUUGUUGUCGUUUCAUGGUGGUGGUGAUGAUGAUGAUGAUGAUUUAACAAAUAGCUUCAAUGAUCUUGCAAUGAAUUAUAUGAAUUCUGAGAAUUUCAGCUGCAUGAACCAGUUAACAACCAUUAAUGGAGUUGCAGGAAAUGAAGAUAAAAAGAAGAACAAAAGGGUGAUAAAAAGUGUUGUUUAUCCAUUUGCAUUAGUAAAACCUGGAGGGAUUGAAGGCAAUACGACAUUAAACGACAUUAAUCAAAGGCUUUUAUUGCCGCCGACAAGACCGAUCCGGCACCCUGUUGGGGACUUCGCCUGUCGGCCAUGCAUGUCAGCCGACGGUACUGGCCUUUCUGGCAAAGCCGUGACGGCACUCACCAAAAUAUACACUAAAGGAAGUGGCUCCAUCACCAUAAUUAGAACUAAAGGUUAAGUGAGUUUUCUAUCGAUAUCGAAAUAGUUAAAUUAUGAUUUUGGUCCCUCAAUUAUGCUUAAAUUUGAGGUUUAACUUUUGUAAUUUAAUUUGGUAUAAUUUAGUCUUUAUUUUUACAA